UUACAUAAUCUCCCCCAACUUGCUCUGAAGCACGGGCUUUUCAUCCAAAACAGGUGGAUCAGUAAACAAAGUCAACGAUACACGAACAUACCGUAUUCACAAGAUAAUUCAGUUUGUUUCCAAUCCUUCAUCAUGCAAAUCAGCAAGGCUGAAGCGUCUGAUGUCCAAUCCAUUUUUGACGUGGUCAAUGAAGCUUACCAAGUCGAAAGCGGCAAUGAGCACUUGGCUUUUAAAAACGUCACUCGCUUUCGGAGCUUGGACGAGGCCGCGGCCAAAUUGGAAGCCACUUGGGUCCUCAAGGAUGAGACUGAACAAGUGGUGGGCGUGUUAGUGGCGGUGGUGGAAAAAGAGGAAGUCGAUAUUGGGCCCAUCGCAGUUCGAAAAUCGAUUAAAGGAAAAGGAAUGGGAAAGAUGCUCCUAACGUUUGCCGAAAGUUUGGCCCCAACUUCAGUGGUUUGGGUGGUCUCUUGUCGAGCCGAUUUGUUUCCUUGGUAUAUCCGGAACGGUUAUGUUGAAGUGAAAAGAAUCCCUGUCGAAGAUCACAUUCCUCGUGAACGGUUAACACGCAAAAAUCUCGAGAUGGUCUGCAUGAAAAAGGCUGGAAAAGGAAAAGACCAGAAGAAGUAGACAAUGUUCCGCCACGCAAGAAUAUGGAUGAUUCACUCAACCUUUCAAGCGGUUCUACAACUUUCUGAAUUUUCAACACUUAUACAAAAUGUUUCAUCUCUCGUUCGUUGCCAAGGCCUUUGGCAUUUGCCGCCCAUCAAUAUCAAUCUUUUCCUGGUCAUCCCAAACGUGAAAUCCGUGAAGAAUUUCAACCCUUGAAUCGGCUAAAUGUCAGCCAACAGAAGGAUUCUGAUCAUGGUCUAAAGGGUGCAUCUUCUGUUCCUUAACCGGUAGAAUGCUAAAGUCAAGGCCAUCAGAUCCCAAAGAAAGGAUACUUCUCCGAUCCAACAGCCGUGGCUAUACACUAUGCCAAAAUGAGAUAGAUAUUUUCAACUUCGGGAAGUGCAAACGGCCUUGAUUUCCCUCGGUGUUUCCGCAUUGUUUCAAAGUGAAAUGCGCCUCUUCUGAGCGAGCAUACCUGGACUAUUUUGUACUUGACACGAUGUGAUAAUGCCUUACUUCUGGCAAAAGAAGAUGCUUCAAAUUCUUGCAUUCCAAAGGGUUUUCGUUUGCAUUUUUUUUUUAUUCGCUUCUCUCUCCCUUUUUCUGGGAGCCCCAUUGUUCAUUAUGAGACAAAUGUGCAAAUUUGCAACGAUGACUAUAGGACCCCAAUUUGUUUUGAGCGCCAUAAAAUAAGACACGGCCAAUCAAGAUGUGAACAGUUUUGAAAAAGGUUUGACGGGCCACUUAUUGAUUUCAUGUGCUAAAAAUAAUAACUUAAAGGUGGACCAAAUAUUGGUGAUUGUGGAGAGUUUUGGAUGUACGUUUUGACCAUCAAAUUGAAGUUUUAGGGCGAAAUAGAGGUACCAAUUCAAGAACAA